UUGGAGGGAAAUUCAACAAUUAUUGUCGUGCUGCUACUUGUAAACAAAGAUAGCCUUAAUGAUAAAAUGCACUUUGAUAACUUUGAAUAAUAAUCACUGACUGCUGCGUACUUCACUUAAGGAACAGGGGUAAUUAUACCGGCUCUGAAAGGUUUCAUUCGCUACUUAAACGCCAUUAGCAGCGCUAGCUAGCCUUAACUUAAAGUUUCACUUUAAAAAGCUUGACAUCUUGGUCUCAACCAUGGGUUAAUUAAGAAGAUACGGAUAAAUGACUGAAGUUACACAAAAGGACAACGCUGGAGAUGGACCGGAAAACGAAGAGGCUCGAAAGUCAGCUUUGUAAGGCUGUGAAGGAUGGAGAACCGAGAUCUGUGCAGCUGCUUCUUUCAGAGGGUGCAUGUCCUCACCUGGUGGGAAGUAAAGGGGUUGCUGCAAUACACCUGGCUGCUGGAAAAGAGACUGAGAAGAACACUCGCUGCUUGAAAAUGUUGUUGCAAUAUGGAGCAGACCCCAAUGUUCGGUCAUCAGAGGGUCUGACUCCUCUGCACAUUGCUGCGCUGUGGGGGUGUUAUCAAAACCUAAAGCUGCUUUUGAUUAAUGGAGGGAACCCAAACAACAAAGAUAAUGAAGGGAAUACACCUGAUCAGCUGGCAGAGCAGCAGGAGAAUCGAAAAUGUGCCCAGCUGCUUCAGGAAUAUCAGGCAAGCUCAGUGGAUACAGAAGAUGAUGACUUGCCUCAAUUCCAGUAUUCUGUGUAUUCAGACCAAACAGACACCUCCAGCUAUCCUGAAUCAGACUACAGCUUCUGCUCACAAUCUUCUAUGAUAAGUGACUUUGGUGAGGCUGCACUGAGCAGCACAAGGCGGUCGUCAUUUUUCAACAUAUCUCACAUGAAUGUGAGGCCAAGCUGCAGAGGACUGUCAUACAACAGACUCUCUGACAUGGACAGUAGGAAAAGUUACUGCCAGGACUUGAACAUCUCCUCCUCACAUUGGGCUCCUGAAGGUCCUUCUUUACUAUCAAGCACUCGCAUGUCUGCAGUGGGAUCUGCGGUUGCAAUGCCGAUCCUUAAGGAGGAGGAUGUGCUAAUGUAUGAUAGCAACAUCUCCCCCUCCAGAAGAGACACUCUCCCAGCUUUCCAUUCCAGGCGAGCGAGUCGUAAGAGCGUGAGCUUUAGAGAUGUGGAUGAAUAUUUCCCUGUUUUCAGUGCUGAAUCCCCCAAACGACAGCCUGCUAUUGAUGGCAGCUGGUGCACCACAAAGUUACCUUUCGACCUGUCUGAAUACUCUGGUUUCCUGGAUUCAGAGCGCAUGGCCACUGUUUUACAUAAGCAGGGUAUUGAUGUCACAUCACCGGAUCACGUUUAUGUUUUCUGCAGGGAGAGCAGCGAGAGCACAGAGGAGGAGAUGGAGAAAACAGUCAUCAGUCAGUGUGUUUUGGAGGAAAGUGAUGAUGAAGAGGAGGGUGAGACUGUAAAGGAAGAGCAGGUGGAUUUAAAAGAACAACCGGCCUCUGAACAUGUCGGCAGCAGCAGUGGUAGUAGUCAUUAUAGCAGCUGUGAUAGUGACCACUACACUAGUGCUCUGGGAGCUUCUCUUCACCCGGGACAUCUCAUACCUUCUGAGGUAGAGGAGGUCUCUCCUGGUGCUGAAAGUGAUAAGAUUUGUAAUUCUGCAGAGUCUUGUUUGGAAAGUUUAGGAGGGAAUCAUCCACCUGUUCAAACUGAUCCCCAGAUCAGUACAAUUCCAGGAAGCACGCAGGAAAAUCUGGUUUUGUCACAAGCAAAAAAGCACAAUAAUGAUGUUUAUGAGGCAUGUAACUUCCCAGUUUUAGACUCCUCAAGGAAAGGUGUUGAUAAGCCAGAAGCAAAAAACGCAGCAUUACAGGAAGACUUGAAUCUUACAUUCACACCGAGUCCUUUUGUAACAGGCCGGACUCGCUCCAGGUUGAGCCGCUGCUCCCUGAGAACAAGCAAAACCCCAGAGAGUCUCCUCUCCACUUCAGCUCUGUUUGAAGAGACCCUCCCCACGCCGAUUCGAACCCGCCAUCAGACACCAAGAUCUCAGGGCAGUGAAGAGUUUCACUGUUCACCACGUGCAAUUUGCUGUACACCAUCCUACUCCGACAGCAGCACUGGAGGAGACCCCUUUCCUGCUGAUUCCCAGGACACACAGUCCAGCACCCUCAGGGCAGGUUCAAGCAUUAGUCACAGCCAAGCUGACACUCUCAUCCUCCCUAAGAGUGUCACUGACUCUAUUUCUGAAUCACAGACUUUGUCGGACACAGUCGUGCUAGAGAAGGAUCCAAACUCUUCAGUGGAUGGGUAUGAAAAAAACCUUGCUGAAAUUAUCCUCGCCAUGCAAAGUCAGAAUCUUGCAGAAGGUGGUGCUUUCCUGACUGAUGAUCUGACAAGCUCAGAUGAAGCAACAACAAAGAAAACCAACAAUAAACCUUCUCCUGAGGACAAAGAAGACAGCCCUAAAAAUGAUGAUGUGUCGAUCACGGAGGACUAUAGCUCCCAGCCAGAAUCUGCAUCAUCGUCAUCCAGCUCCAGCUAUUUUUCUCCAAGGAGAUCCAUUGAAGACUCUGACCUUCCUUGUACCCCAGGCACUGGAUGCACCCCAAGGUACAGCAUGAGCCGGCUGUCAAGCUGCCGCAGACCGCAGCACCUAGCUAACCUGUCUUACACCCCCGGAGGUCGACCAGUCAUUCAGGAUCUGGAUGAGCCAGUGGAGUACCUUUAUACUGAUACAGAACAGGGCCACAAGCUGAUUGAGACUCAUGUCCCACCUACAGCCAACACCUCUCUCAGCUCCAGUAUGAGCACCACCAGCAGCAGCGGUGAGGAGACCAUAAUCUACGACUGGCGCUCCAUGCAGACAGACAUGAUAAAGGACAGAGGGAAGGAAAACCAAAGACCUCAGAUUAAGGUGGAAGAGGAGGAAAAGGAAGAGGAGAGUUUACUCCUGGAGACCAGAGGGAUGACUGAUAAGGAGCUGAGGUUGAGGCUGACAGAGUUUGGGGAGAGUCCAGGCCCCAUCAGCAGCCGAACCAGACCGACGUACAUGAGAAGACUUCACCGCCUGCUGCAGGAGUCAAACUCACAGUCACCGCGCCAGCAGAAGCAGUCAGAUCAUUCAAAAACAGAUUUAGGUUACAGUCCAGAGCUGAGUCGGGCUUUGAGGACCUUCGAGCUGCCAUAUUGCCAUGCGGACGAGCAAGCUCUCUGCCAGCAGUUUGACCAACCAGAUCAAAACAGGAAGUGGAGGGAGGGCGUCAUCAAGUCAAGUUUUAACUAUCUGCUGCUUGAUCCAAGAGUAACAAAAAACCUCCCAUUCCGCAGUCACACCAUGACUCCACACGAGUGUUUCCAGACAUUCAUCCACAGUAUAUUUUAUGUGGGCAAAGGGAAACGUUCCCGCCCCUACAGUCAUCUGUAUGAAGCUUUAGAGUACUACAGAGGAGACAAGACCUCCAAGAAAUUGUGCCCUAAAGUGCAGCAGAUCCUCCAGGUGUGGAGCGCUGAGCAGGGUGUCAUUUCCCUGCACUGUUUCCAGAACGUCAUCCCAGUGGAGGCGUACACAAGAGAGGCCUGCAUGGUGGAGGCCAUCGGGUUGAAGAUGCUGACCAAUCAGAAGCGAGGGGAUUUUUAUGGCGUGGUGUCAAACUGGCAAGUGAAGAGGAAACGGGAGCUUGGCGUCCACCUGCUCUACCGAGCCAUGCAGAUCUUCCUGGCUGAGGGUGAGAGGCAGCUCAGACCAGCUGACAUCAGACAGUAGUGCCCCCUAAUGGAGGGUUGGUAAACAGCAGCCACUCAAAGGGAAAAUCACUAUUUGAAAAUACGAGGUAAUCUCAUGUGUUUGGUUGGCAUCACAACACCAACAUUUUAUAAGCUGAUCACCAGCAUUUCUUUUGUUAUUGAACUCUAACUAACCAUCCCUCUGACAAAUACAGUUAAUCAGUGAAUGACUCUUUGAUCUUGUCAGUUAAGAUCGUUUGCUCACUUCCAAUUUUAGAUUCUGAGGACUUGCAACAAAGAAAGCUUAAAAAGAUCAGUUGUUAUUAACAUAAUGUUAAAAUCAUUAGAGAGACAGCAGGUCUUUUAGAAGUCAACCGUAAAACAAAAGUUCCUAGAAGGACUCAGGACUAAGCUGCUGUGGUAAAUUAUUCUUUUAAAAAAGAUUCAAGGCACAUUUCAAAUCAAUUCAAGUAUAAUUCAAUUAUUUGGUCUCACAUUUAACAUACCUCCAUGAUUAAAAAAGUGGAUUCCACCAGGAGGUUGGCAGGGGUAGUGACAAAAAAAGAGACAUUUAAGGGUAACAAAAAAAAAAAAGUUACUGGUACUUAUCAUGAUUAUUGUUGUAGAUCAAACCUUCAUCAAGUGUUUAGCUAUAGAAUCUCUAAUGUAUAUAAUCUGAUGAUAUGUGUUUACAUGGUUUGAUUACCAUUUUUCCUGCUUCACCUUAAAUUCCUGUUAAACAAAAGCAUUGCAAGCGGGCUGAUGAGAUGAGUUUCUAGUAGUAGUCAGUGCUUUUGCAUUCAUGUACAUUUUUUGUAGUGUUUUCCAAAUUAGACAUGAAAUAAGGACAUCCAAAUGUCUUCAUAAAACAUCUUUAUUUACAGCAAGAAGAAGAUUGGUUGACUGUCCCCUUGGAUGUAGAACUAGUUUCUUAGCUCACAUCACUAUGUUCAAGAAAAUACCUUGGUCAUUAUCCAUAAAAUGUGGUUGAUCAGUCAAGUAAAUGAAAAUACAAGAAAUAAUCCUCUUUCUCCUCUCAUGUUGGAAACAUUAAUAUUCAGCACUUCAACUGGAAAAAAAAAAACACAUUCAGUAUGUCCUCGGGGUGAAACUCAUGGUACAUUAUGUGUGAGCUGUACAUAUUCAUUUCACAGAAAAAGCAUUAGCAAAACAUUUGAAAGCACAAUUUUAUAUUUAAGAAAUACAUUUUUAAAAGUCCAAAGCCUCCUGUGGAAAAAAAACAUCUGCAAGAGAUCAGCAGAUCAGAAAAACAACCAGUAUGUUUACUUAUUAUUGCAACAGGAAAUCAAAGUUUUACUCAAAUGAAUGCACUUACACCAUUAUUUCUAUUAUGAUUGGGCCUAGAUUUACUAUAAUUUUUCCUCCAGUGAGGUCCUCUCAGAGAUUAACUCAGGCUUUUUCUUUACUGCAUUAAGUUAUUCCAUCAUGUGUGAUAUUUCUUAUGGGCUUUUGUAAGUAUGUUUUUCUUUUUUCAAAAACCUUUCUUAUGCGGCUGUAUUGUUUUAUUCCUUUAUUUUGCAUUCAUGUACUAGUAAAUACAGUAAAAAAACAACUGUCAAAGCUGAGCUGGAUGACUCCUCUGUCCUGUUCUUUGGUGUCCCUCUAGUGGACAAAGAGGUAAUUAUUUUUGCUUUUAAGUCUAAAUUAUUGCUCCUGCAGAUCCUUAAAAAAGUAUUAAAUUGGACUUUUUAAAUCUAAGACCUUAAAAAGACUUAUUUUUACUGGUGAGUGGUCUUAAAUUUUAGAUAGUAUUUUGCAUGUGUCUUAUACAGUCUUUGUUUUCAUAUAUAUUUGAUUUGAAUCACUCCCUUCUGAGUAUACGCUUGUUGUUUAUGUUAUGAUAAACAUCGCUCUACUGUAUAUUGAUAGAAAAAAAGGCAUUAAAUGUGCCAGAAAUAACCAAAUUUGGUGUUUAUGACAAAGAGAUCUGUCUUAUCAGUUGUCCAUUUUUUAAGAGUGCAUUAAACCAGAUAAUUCAGCUCUGUCCAGUGUACUGAGAAAUCUAACUUGCCUUUUAUUUUUGACCAUUUGCCACACAGAAAAAAAAGUAUUUCUCUCUCUCUGCUCAGAUCUUAAAAAAAGGUCUGAAAAGUCUUACAUUUGGUUGUUGAAAGUGUAGGAACCCUGUAAAUGUAUGGUGUCUUUGUCCACCGAGAACCCAAAAGCUAUUUAUUGGUAUAUGUGAACAAAAUGUUUAAAGAUGGAAGAAUGGGGCACCAGUUUAGUUUAGUUGGUAGAGCAGGUACCCAAAUAUAGAUGCUACAGUCCUUGAUGCACUAAUCAUAGGAUUGAAUCCUGAUCCUUGUUUGGCACACGGUUUCCCAUUAUCUCCCUCCAUAUUUCCUGUUUCUCUUCAGCUGUCCUGUCAAAAUAAAGGCAAAAAGCCACAAAAUUGAAUAAAGAGGCAGUGUUUAUGCACAACUUAGAAUUGAAUUUAAGGAUUUCAGGACUUUUUAUAAGAAGGUAAAAUA